AUGAGUCAUCUACUGGAUUCGAGAGUCCUGGCUACUUACAAUGCUUUAACUGACGAACAUUUGCAAUCCUAUUUCAGUCAUGAACGUAUUCAAACUCAUUUAAGACAAGCUGGACUAAUUGGUCGUCGAGGCGACAUCAUCUCGGAGAAAGAAUACCGAACGAAAUUAGCUCGAUGUGAACGGAAGAAACAUGUUCGACAAGUGCUUGCUGAAAAUAUUGUUCAUCGAGCAAUCGAUAUGGAACGAGCUCGCCAAGCUGAAAUCAAACGUAAACUCGAUAAGAUUGAAAAAGCCGCAUUAGUACAUAGUGUCAAAGAAUCAAGACGGCGUACGGCGGGUGGACGACAUUCAUCGGUGAACGCGUCGAGAUCGGAUGAAAUAAGUGCGCAUUCGAUGCAUGAUUCGUGGUUACAAACUCGAUCAAAAUCGACGCGUCAACGUCGAAAUGUCCAACUAAUGGACGAAGAAUUCGACGGACAGCCUCGCGUUCUACGCGUACGAUCAGCAAAUGUCAGUGAUGAUCUUUCACGAAAGCAUCCGUCAAAGAGUUCAUCAUUUCAACAACGACCACUUCAUCGACCAAAAUCAUCUGCUGUUCACCGUUCAUCCUCUCUACACUGUCGUUCGGCAACGAAACCAGCGGACUCUUCAUGUCAAAUUAAAAUGAUCUAUUACGGUUUGCAUACUAAAGUUGAUUAUGAUCAUUCGGUAUUUGACUCAACCGAUGAAAUCAUGGUUAUGCAACAGCAUUGUGGAGGAGAAAAUCUGAUUGUUUAUAAGGGAAACCAUCGACCAGGAGAUGAGUUUUCAUUUUAUUCGCGUCGUCAUUCUGAUUUUCCACUUGGUUUGUCGUUGUACGUCAAAGGCUUCAUCGAUAGUCGAAUCUCCACAUGUUGUGAAUAUAAACAUCGACAUGGUGUUCGAUUGGGUGGUGAACGUGGUCAUUUCGCGAUAGUUUCUGUUCAGGGUUCAAAACCUUGCCUGAAGUGCCGUUUUCAGCAACAAAUGCGAUCAAAGAAUUGCGAUGACGUUGAAGAUGAAGAGGAGAAAACGAUAACCAUCUCAAUGCCGGUUUCGGAUCGAGCUGGAACGAAGAAAAAAUCAGUUCAGAUUCCUGUCAAACACAGAGCUGAUUCAGAGCAUCAAUCAGACGAUGCUGACGAGAUGGAAAAUGUCAACAAAUCAAAAGAUGGACAUGCUUCAGAUUCGAGUGGUCAGAAAAAAAAAGACAAAGGUUCUUCAUCGAAAGCCAUUUCGUCGUCAGGCCAGACUAGAACUGAUACAUCACUGAAAACUUGGCACAUCACAUUUCAUUCUUCGCAUGUUCCUGCUGGAAGUUUUCAAUUACCGAAGAACUCGUCGACGGACAUAUCUCUUCACAUUUCACUUCGAUCAACUGACGGUCAAAGCGAAACAGAGCCUUAUGAACUUGACAUGCGAGAAUAUCCUCAGUGUUUUAAAUCUGGCCGAGAAGAUACAUUCCAGAUCGAACUUCAGGAUAUCGGCAAACCCAAACAGAUUCGAUUGCUACUGCAAACAGAAAAUGAAGACAAAGAUAUCAUCAAAUGGCAUCUGGAUCAUAUCGAACUCACGGACAUCGACCGCCGCGUACAUUAUAAAUUCUCGUAUAAGCAAUGGAUUCGUCCAUUGCAAGAAAAACUUCUCGAUCUAUCCGAAACAUUUGAAGAAACCAGCAGUCGAAAAACUUCUACGAAGAAAACGAUUAUACCCGUAAAACCCAAAUCAAACGCCGCCAAACGUGCAUCAACCUCGUCAGAAGAACUUGCAAAGAAUCGGACCGAGUCAUUAUCAAGUGAUGAUGAACACGAUUCCGUCCGGUAUCGCGUGAUAAUUUAUCCUUCAAAGGAGACUGAUGGCGAAUUUGAUGCCGUGCAAGACACUCGAAUGUAUAUUCGUUUGAAUAAUCAAACAAAAGAUUCGUUCAUCUAUCGGAAAGGCACGAAGACGUGUCCUUCAUUUGAAUCGGGCGAAAAUCAAACAUUUGACAUGGAUUUGAUACACAAUCUGCAUGAACAACCAAGAAAGUUGACGAUUGGAUAUUACAAUUCAGGCAUUACAGCAAGAAAAUGGAAAAUUCAUAAGAUUGUUUUGAUCAAUAUUCAAACCAAGGAAGAAACAACUUUUCUUUGUAAAGAACCGCUGCUUAGAAACGAGCAUAAUUUACGUGCGGAACGAACUUUCUUGGCACAAUCGAAAGACACUGACGAUGGCGAUGAACAAAAAAAUUCACCUCAUCGAACUCGUGUAACUAGAAAUUCCACAUCGCAAUCGAAUAGCGGGGAACAUACACCAUCAAAAGCCAGUCCUCCAUCUUCUCCUAAACGAAUCGUUACAACACCGAAGAAAGACGACAAAAAUAAUCUACCCAUACAUUCACAUCGUAGCACUGAUGAUGAAUCGAAGGAGAAGAAUAUUGAUUACAAUGAAACGUUUAAACACAACGAAGAUUCUGAGAAGCCUAAAGUAACUUCACCGUUGUCUCGACCGAAGACUCGACGCGGUCGUCAAGAUACUUUCGAAACAAGUGACAAAUCUAAAGAAACAUCAACGACAACACAACCAAAUACCGAUAUAUGGCGACCAGCGAGUCAAUUGGGUAGGAAAGAUUCAGGAGACCAUUCAAGUGAUUUCGAUGAAUCUCAAAAUGAAAAUAUUUCUCAGAAUAAAUCGUUUAAUGACACUAAUGAUAAAACCGAUAACUGGUAUACAAAUGAUAACAAAUAA